UCAAAUUGCAAAAUGGAAAGUAUCAGGAACAGACAAUGUGAGAUGAAAACUGAUCUGAAUUUACUCCUUGAAUGUCUUAAGUAUCAGAUGGACCAGCCUGCUUCUCAAAAGGAAGCCUUGGUUACUAUUUAUUCAGUUUGCCAACAAAACAGGGAUGCAAGUGAUUAUUUUCGAGAAAUAGGCGGUCUGAUGUUUGUAAAUAACCUUGUAAAGUCAAGUGUGCACAGCAUAGUAAAGGAAUCUGCCUUAUUUACAUUAGGAGGUUUAGCCGAGAACAAUGUGUUUUGUCAGGAGAUUCUGUGUACUUCUGCAUUAUUUAAGGACCUUCGUAUGUUUCUAACUCAAAAGAAUUCCAGUAUGAAUUUGAAAAGAAUGUCUGUUUAUGUCUUAUUAGUACUUGUUUCAAAUAAUAAGAGUGGGCAAACAUAUGUGAGAGAAUCUGGUUGCCUUCAUGUUCUGCUACAAUUAUUCAGAACAACUCUUUCAGUAUCUGAGGUGAACCUAUCAGAUAAUAGCAUUAACCAAUGCUACCAACUGUGGUCUUCAGUUUGCAGUGCUCUCUGUGCGUGUGUCAAUAAUCCCCAGAAUGAGGACAAUCAGAAAAGCUGCAGUUUGGUUUUUCCGUAUGCAAAAGACCACCUACAAAGUUGUACAAAACCUGAAAUAGUUCGCCCCAUUUGUUCAUUCAUUGGCCUCACUGUUGCCAAUAAUUCAAAAUUACAGCAUUUUUUUGUUUCCAUUGGUGGAUUAGCCGUGUUGGAUAAACUCCUUGCCAAACUGAUAGACAAUUCAUCUGGGAAUUAUUCAAGCACAACACUUGCAGUAGUGGUGACAAAGACCUUGGAUGCCUGUAUUGCUGAUAACUAUGCAGUUGGAGUUACCUUGGCAAGAUAUAACAUUGUGCCGAAUUUACUGACGCUGCUUUCUUCCAACAUGCUGAAUUCCGGAGAAAAAUUCAGUAUUAUACUUUCCCUUGGACAUUGUACAGAUGGUUGUGAGGAAAAUCAGUAUGUUUUAGUUAAGAACAAUGGCCUUCCACUUAUGAUUCAAGCUCUAACUGAAUCACAGGAUGAAGAACUAAAUAAGGCGGCAACUUUUGUGCUUCAAAACUGCAAACAAAUCACUGAGAAAUUAUCAGUGAAACUAAGUGAGGAUUCAUUAAAUAUGGAAGAUACAGGACAUAUGGAGGGAGACCUACAAAAUAGAGAAGGGAUUCUUGAAGACUACAGGGUGAAAGCAAAGCAAAUUUUGUAUCGAAUUGAACAGCUUGAAAAUGAACAUCAAGAGGAAAAAGUGAGAAGACAGAUAUUUACUGAUGAUUACUGCAGUAUUUCUCCAGAAGAUGUUAUGCAGACUACAUCAAAACACCUUAGAGUAAAUGCUAGUGAUCAAAGCUUUAGUAGAGGCAUGAGAUGUACAAGAAUGAAACCACUGCUAAAUUCAGCAUCACAUCAGCUGAUUGCUACUAAAUUUGUAAAUGGGUCACCUAAGAAUGAACAGUUACAGUCUGCCAAUAGAAAUCCAAUCAAUGCUUUACUCAUUCCAAGUGAACACAAUAAUCUUCACUCAGCUGAUAAAAUGGAAGCAGCCAGCAUAAACAAUGUCCAUAUCCCAAAUAAAAGCACUGUUUUUCAGUCUGGUAAUUCUAAUGUUCAAUUGAGAGAGCCCCGGUAUGAUGAUUCCCAGAUGAACAAGAUUUUACUCUCUUUCGCUCUCUUUUUAAAACUUCAAGAAUGUUCAUUUCAUCCUUUCAGUGAAUGUUUGUUCAAGCAACCAGAUGCUGUAGUUAGAAAUGUGAGACAGCAAGUACCAAAUACAGAGCCAUUUAUAUUGAGUUCAAGUAGAACAAACUCAGGGAUAAACCAUAUUCUGACUACUUAUAAGGAUCCUAAAAUAUCAGAGUUAAGGUGUUCAGGCUGCAUAACAACCGGACUUUCAUUAAACAGCCGAAAUUUUUGCAAGAUUUUGCAGUCUUGUCAACAUCUAUGUGACCAACACAAAGUUAUUCUACAAACUGAAAUGAGAUAUAAAAGGAAUCUAAAAGGAUCUAUUAUCUCUAGCAAGGAUUGUUCUACAGACUCUGCUGGCAAUUGUGAAGAAAUGCCUAAAAACAUAGCAGAUCUUCAAGCAAAACAUGAUACAUUCAUGGAGAAACAAACAAAGAAGGAGAAAUGCAACCUUGAAGAUGAGAGUCUCGGAGAAAACCAUCCCUAUUCAUAUGUCAAAGAUGAGAAUACUGAGAUUAGUUCGGCAGAUGUGCCAGCAGCAGCUUUUAAAAGAAGCAAACGGCGAAUCAGGAAAGAUUUUACAUCAGAAGAAAUAAACUAUCUUUUGGAUGGCGUUAAAAAAAAGGGGCAUCACUGGAAUUCAAUUUUGUGGGCUUACCCAUUUCAGAAGGGACGGACAAAUGUUGACCUUGCUAAGAAAUACUGCAAGUUACAGAGGACUGAAAAGAAUAAAAAACACCUGAUGUCUGUUAGACUACUUUGAAUUCUGUCAGAGAAACUGAUUAAAGCUUUGUUACAAAAGUAUGGGGUUACUAAUCUUCUUUGGAAGAAUG